AUGGCCAUGCUCUGGAAUCUUCCUGUUGUAUAUGUAUGUGAAAAUAACGGAUUCGGUAUGGGAACACAGGCUGAGAGAUCAUCCGCCUCAACCGAUUACUAUAUGAGAGGCGAUUUCGUUCCCGGCGUCUGGGUUGAUGGUAUGGAUGUGUUAGCGGUUCGUGAAGCGAUUCGUUGGUCGAAGGAGUACUGUAACGCUGGUAAAGGACCUUUAGUACUAGAACUAGCCACGUACAGAUAUUCUGGACACUCCAUGUCCGAUCCUGGGACAAGCUACCGUACCCGUGAAGAAAUCCAGGAGGUUCGCAAAACUCGUGAUCCAAUCACUGGUUUCAAGGAUCGCCUUAUUACCUCGGGACUCGCUAAGGAGGAUGAUCUCAAAGCAAUCGAUAAGGAAGUUCGCAAGGAAGUUGACGAUGCUGUGAAAGUCGCAACUACAGCUCCGUUGUUGCACGAAGAUGGAAUCUAUACGGAUAUCUAUCACAACACCCCUCCUAUGAUGGUACGUGCAGCCACCAUCGAUGAUUCGCAUGUGCAAAAAUAUGUGACCUCCACCGAACUUUUGAAAGCCACUGGUAAAUAA